AUGAAGUUUACUUGUUCGGUUGCUGCUGUCAUUAUGGCGUGUUCCUUCACGGUUCCUGCCGAUGCCGCCACGGAUCCCACGUGGGCAUACCAUGCUAGAGGCAAGGGCAUGGUGACCACGUCCCAGUGGGACACCAUCUGGGAGACGUGCGGCGGUGACCGUCAGUCGCCCAUCGACAUUGACACGACUGGUGUGUUUAACAGACCCACAACGUUUCCGCUCCGGCUCCAUGGACAGUGUACCACGUACAAUCUGUCGGAGCCCCAUGAACCGCUCGAGGUGGACGCCACAGGAGGCGACUGCGGCGCCUCGCUACGUGGCGAGGUCUACGACCUGAAUCAAUUCCACCUGCACGCUCCUUCGGAGCAUACCAUCGACGGAAAGCAGCUGGACGGCGAAAUCCACUUUGUGCACAUGAACAGUGAUACUGAGGCGCUUUUGGUGGUCGGCGUCUUUUUGGAGAUCGGUCCGGUGUCCGACAAAUGGAUGGGACCCGUUCUUGACGCUCUGGAGCAGGUCAACUCUACUGCCGUAACCGAUGCCAUCGUCGUUAAUCUGGAAUCCUACGCGACGAUGAUACAGAAGGCGGUAGUAAAAGGUGCGAUCUACAACUACCCUGGCAGUCUGACAACCCCUGGCUGUGAAGAGAAUGCCGACUGGUGGGUAGUGGAGAAACCGAUCACGAUCACCUCGGCCGACUUUGAUCGUCUCCACAAGGACUUGGUUGAGUACCCUAUUACGGACAACGGCAAGAACGCUCGCCCGGUGCAGCCUCUGAAUGACCGUAUUGUCACGCGCUACAGAUUUGGAGAUCCGAAGAAACCCGUCUCGACUUUCGACCUUUCGUCGAUGUAA